AUGACAUUCCAGAUAAAGCUUUUGCGAUGUAAGCCUGAACAGCAGAUGAUGUAUGCUGGAAGCAAGAAUAAGCUUGUACAGACAGCUGAACUCACUAAGGUAUUUGAAAUAAGAAAUACAGAAGACCUAACUGAAGAAUGGCUGCGUGAGAAACUGGGCUUCUUCCAUUAA